AUGUAUUCAUUACCACGACAUCCAUUUGUUGAUUAUCCAACAUAUUAUGUACAAACAACAUAUACAAAUGAUAAGAAUAUAACUAAACAAUUAUUUAAUUGUAUUGAUGAACAAGAAAAAUUAUUAAAAGAAAGAAAAAGAGAAGCAAAAAAAUUGAAAGAACUCAAACCAGAACAACGACAUCCAAAAAUUCGAGUAUCACAUCAAGUCUUUAAAGAACUUAGAGCUAUUCAAGAAGAAAAAGGAUAUAAGUCUUUUGGAGAAGUUGUUAGAAAAUUAUUAAAUCGAUAUGGAGAAGAUAUCAAAAUAUCAGCACCAUCUUCAUUACCAAGUUGUAGUUAA